UUUCCUGACGAGGGUUCGAUACAAUGGAAACAGAUGUUGACUAAACCCAGAAAUUCAUCCUGACAAUCACGGAGGUGGCAAAUAUGUAGAUGAUGGUGUAACGAGAGGUUUGUGGAGUCGUAAGUGCGUCAUAUCCGAUCGUUGCUGGAGCCACUGCGCGUGCGUGCACGCGGGGCAGGAGACGGCGACUGCGUCAGCGCAGCCGUGCAGUGCAGCCUCCGCGUGGAUGUGUCGUGGACAUAAUUUAUGCCGUCAUUCACACGAUGCCAUCGAGCGCCUGCCAUUGGUCUGCAGGGGGAAAGAUGGCCGACGUUUGGUAGACGAGGAGGUCGACAGGCCUGGUGGUGAUAAUCAUGUCUUGACGGUGGAUUAAGACUAGGAGACUUAUCUGGGGGGACUAGCAGGAACAGACCGUUUCUACCCCCCUCCGUUAUCGUCACCCUCUUCAUCAUGAUGAAGGUGUAUCAGCCAUUGUGUCCCGACAUUACUUUCAGACUUGCUGCAGACAUUUCCCCAGAUAUGCUAGAAGAAGAAACAGACCCAGCUUCCGAAUCGGACGCCGACCUGAAAUACAAGUUAUUCCAAGAGAGCACGAACUUCCACCACCCCAUAGUCAAGCAUCCCCCCGAGACAGUCGGAGCUCAGCCGCUUCUUCCAGGUACGAAAACCGCCAAAGAGAUUUAUAACCAGGAACAUGUGCAUUCAGGUGCUACCCCGGGAGCUGGCCUAACUACCUCCACGUCCCUGCCUCCAUCACUACCAUCGCCAUCGGUGAUUGCGACCGCAGACACCUCAGCGACAUCCACUCCGGUGGAUCGUACGCAAGAUUCAGAUGAUGUGGAGAAAUGCUACCUGGAGCUUCAACCCAAGGUGACGGUGGAGCCCACCUGUGAGUGGGGGACAGGCCGCCAUCAGCGCCACCAUGUGGCCAGCAGAAGGAUGCCGAAGGUGACGAGGAGACCAACGGUGAAUACAGCGCAGACGAAGUUUCAGUCUCGAGGUCAUCCUCCAGGUCACCGCUGGCGGGGUUGCUGGUCGUGGCGGCUGCGGAGGAGCGGGUGGCAGGAGGAGGGUCUGCCUCACCUUCAGACUCGGAGACACUGCUGACGGCCAGCAAACCCACAAGUCUGCGUCUACCACAGCAGAGGUCUCCAGCGAAGUACCAGGGCCCCUACACUCUGGCGUGUGACAUCACGCCCUCGCCACAAGAGAACGACUCAGACGCAGGAGCAUCGUUGCCGGAGAUACGGACCCACGACACCACCAGCGCCUGCCCCAACGCCGUUCCUUCCACAUCAAUGAACAGCAUCGCAACAUCAGCAACCAGUCCAGUCAGCGGCUGCAGCAACAUCAGUGGUGGUGGCAAGCCGGCGAGGCGUCCCCGCAAGUUGCCGGAAAUACCCAGGAAACAUCAAGGCCUUGCUACCGCAUCGUCGGCCAAAGAAAAAUCCAUCUUCGAUGAGAUCCAAGAGGCGCUCAUCAAAGAGGUGACGGAGGACGAGGUGUUCGAGACGGAGACGACCAACACGACAGUGGAGGCCUUCCAGGCUUCUCAGUAUCCCUUCAUCCUCAAGCACGUCGGCCAUCUUUUCGACAAGAAGCGCCUCCUCGUGGGCUACAACCCCACUCCCAGCAGAAGCAGGAACAUCAGCACGUCUUCAGAGACCGGGGCGGGUGCCAGCCUGGAAGAGGAAACGGCUUCUGCGCAUGCGAAGACCAGGGCGUCCAGCAGUUCGUCCUCCACGUUGUCCUGGUGCAGCGGGCAGCGACGGCGCAAGAACUCCGAUGGAGACGCGAUUCAUCUGUUUUUCUCAGGAUCGAAAAGAUACAGCAGUUCCUUUGCCACGGCCUAUCAGGACCUGGAGGUCACACAUCGAGGUAUGCACCGCUUCAUCCCCCGACAUGCGGAUGAGGUCCAAGUGGGCAUCGGUGACCCCAUCCACGUCAUCAAGGAAUACGAUGACCUCUGGUGUGAGGGUGUCAACCUGCGUACAGGAGAAAGGGGCAUUUUUCCAGCUAUGUAUGCCAACGAUCUCAGAUUUUUAGAAGAUUCAGAUGGCGAGGAGGCAGACUACUGGAAGUUCACCAUGCGCUACCUGGGCUCUGUGGAGGUGAACGCCCCUCAUGGGGACCACGCCUUGUGCCAGGCCAUCACGAGGGUGGCUCAACAAGGCAGGAUAAAAACAGCCUCAUUAAGUACCUUGGAAAUCAACCAGUAUGGCAUUCGUAUGAUCGACAAAAGCAAAGACGGGCACCAGAGUAACAAAUUUUCCCAUUUCUUCGCUUUGAAGAAUAUUUCCUUUUGUGGCACACAUCCUAACAACAACAGGUACUUCGCGUUCAUCACGAAACAUCCACGACAGAAUCGCUUCGCAUGUCACGUGUUCCACAGCGAUCGCUCCACGCACAGAGCCAGAGAUGCCUUGGGGAACGCCUUCAAGAGGUUCUACCAAGAGUACAUGGCAUUCACACAUCCAACCGAAGACAUCUGGAUGGAGUGAUUGCACAAGUCCUAGCCUCCUCAGCCCCAGACCCGGGCAAGCGUCCUUGACACACCACAGGUCACUGGGGGAGAUGGGAGGGGGGCGAUCUGGACCUGUUCCUCUGGGAGUGCUGGACUCCUGCUUAUAUAUAUAGACUGAAUCAGAGAAUACACCCAUCUAGCUCCGCUGCUGUAGCAGCUCUUCCACACCUUCCCCCAACUCUUACAUCCUCCCUUCUCCUCCCCGCGCUCCCAUCUCAAGGAUGUUGCCCGCUAAACCCCAAACCAUUACUUAUGUAAAUCGUUCUGCUGCAUUUAAAGAACGAGUGUGUACAGAAAUGAACAAGAAGGAGAAGCUGUUCAGGGUGAAACGAAAACCGACUAUUGUAGUGAAACAUGCAGACGACAGCUCCCGACAGGAGUUUUCUGCACUGGACAUUGAAGAGACGGGGAUACUUUUCUUCGCCAGAAAAAAAAAAAAGACAUGUGAAAUAUUUAUGAUCAUUAUGGUUUACAUUUGUUGUGGAUGCUGUGGAAAGCGCGCGUUUGUCGUUGACUGUAAACUUUUCAUGAUUGUAAGCGUGUUUGUCCGCAUUUGCUGACACCUUUGCAUGUCAAGCGUAAAAGGGUCAAAGGUUAUCACCCUAACAGAAUGCCGGAAAUACAUGGGUCACCUGAUGAAAGAUAUAGGUCCUGUAUACUCUCUCUGGUACCCAUGUUUCUGGCAUUCUUUGCUGGUAGGACAGCAACUGGCAUGUUAACAAUAUUAUAAUAAUAGGACUUGUGUAUAUAAAUUCUUAAAACCCUGAAUAUAUUUUUAGUUCAGUAAUGAGGGAAAGGUUUAUGGCACGAGAGCGAUUUUGUACAGAUAUUCUGGAAUGUUCGAUCCGUGCCCAGCGAUUAUUGUUUUUCUUAAUCGUUUGACAACCCAAACGCCGCGGGAGGGACUUAAAAAAAGAGAAAUAAAAGUGUUGUACACAUAUACAUAAUGUAAGAUGCAAAAUCCUCUACUGGUACAGAAUGUUCCAGAACGAUGCACCAAACAACCAGGAAAUGCUCUUUAUGAAUUUGGCCUGAGAACCUCCUUUUUUAUAUAUAUAAAUUUGAUCCCAUACAGUCAUAUCACCUCUGUAUUGGCAGACUGCAUGAUGAGCUGUUGUGACCGGCACCGGUAACUAUGACGACUGCCAUGGUGUUGAAGACAGGGCUGACAUGCACUUGCUGGAACAAGAAAGGUCGCAGAAUGUUGAAACUGCCGAUGAUUGGUGUCACAAUUGUCAGAGAGUGCUUAAAGAACAUAAAAUCGCAAAACUGAUACAAGGGCAAUGCUACAUCUCACUACACACACUCAUCCACCGACACACAUUGACCACUGACCAAAAGAUAAUAAAUAUACGGAUGCUAGUUUCAUUUCUCUCUUCUAGUCUCAAUUUCGUCUUCAAAACCAGGCUCUUGGUAAAAAAAAAACAUUGCUUCUUAAACAUUCCUCCGCAGUCUUGAAGCCAUGUGGUAAAAUACCUUCCCCGUUACCCUUAAUUACUUGUCAAUUAGAAGACUGAGCCAAUAAUUGUUGUAAUUAUGAGGUGAAAAGUAAAGGGUUGGAAGCAAAAAGGAACUUUUUCAUUUAAUUUUACAUUUAAAAAAAUGCUUAUGUAAGCAUCUUAUUUACUCUUGUCAGAAAAGCAAAGAAUUGAUUCAGCAUCUCACAACCACACCACUUCUAGCCCAUCUCCACUCCACUAUACUGGCAUCCAUUUCUAGCUUUCUCACCCACAAACCUCCUGUCCUCAGGGGUUUGACUCUUGCCGUGAUUUUUAUAGUGUGGAAAAAACAAUGUUCAAAAUUUCUUCAUCCUUAUUCUGCAUUCGUAAAGACAUUCGUAACUCAGGUGGGAGACGUGUGUGGUCUAACAUCUCUCACCUGCGAAUGAAAUACCAUUGUAUGCAUGUACUUUGUGUGUUUGUGUGUGUGUGCAUGCAUGCAUUGUACAUAAUGCUCAUUCAUACAAGUGUUACUGUAAACCUGUGGACACCUGUCUGAGCAGUGUUCACCACUAAAGACAUGUUCCUUGUCAUUUUAAUGCUGCUAUUGCUGUCUAGAGUUCAAACCUUUAGACGUCCACCUUCAUUUCCCGCAUAGUUCAUUUUCAGGUCCCAGCUAUUUUAAUUCUCUCUUACACUUCUUCUCCACUCAAUGAAAUCUCAUUGUUCAGAGAAAAAAUAACAGUUUAGACCCUGUCCCUCAUCGAUGGUACAGAAAUUCCUGAUUUUAAAAUUUACGUUUAACGCAUGCCAUUGGAAUUUUUCUUCUAGAACUGAACGUUGUAUCCGUUGCUGAUUACCUGAAAUCUGUUAAAAAGACACCACUUCAACCAGACUGCAGCCGGUGGCCAAAAAUUAAAGUCAUUAAAAAAUAAAAAAACAAAUGUUUGUUGCAUACAAAAGUGUUCUGCACAAACUCGAUGCCCACAUUUCUAGGUCGCACAGUGUGAGGCAGGCUUUAUCUACUCACGAAACCUGUAGAAAAUGUAAUAUACUGAAAAGCUUACAAACAAGCAUUGGUCACUGUUGGUGUUACUCUAUGAACAGGUACAGGGGUGUAAAUCUGGACUGUUCUUGUAUGGAUUCAUUUACUCCAGACGAACAUCUGGGUUUGAAGCAACGUUCGUGCUGUCCUGUGGUGUGUACAACGGAAAUAAAGUUAGCGCGUUGGAGAAUGUGA